GGUUGGCUUUUGAAAACGUUGGCGGCCGAAGAAGUUCAAAAAUAUUAGGACUGGGCUUUACACGCUGGAAAGUUAAUAGUCCGUAUCUUCAUUACGAUGCAGAAUAAGGAAAAUUAUGAGCCCAGGGAUUUCCCAAGACCGUUUACAACCCCUAGCAUGGUGGCAGGCCCACAGCGUGUUCAGGUGAAGCCACGAGCAGAGAUGGACAAAAAUGCCAUCACAGGCCCUGGGAGAGAGUGUGUUGGCUCAUCCAGUUCAGCUUCAAAGAAAGUCUCCAUUGAUGACUUCGACAUCGGUCGACCAUUAGGGAAGGGCAAGUUUGGUAAUGUUUACCUUGCAAGAGUAAAGAAGCUGCAGGCCAUCGUGGCGCUGAAGGUGUUGUUCAAGUCACAGAUGGAAAAGGAGGGUGUGGAGCAUCAACUCAGGAGGGAGAUUGAGAUUCAGGCCCAUCUCAAGCACCCCAACAUUCUGCGCUUCUACAAUUACUUCCAUGACCGCAAAAGGGUGUUCUUAGUGCUAGAGUACGCCCCACGUGGUGAAAUGUACAAAGAGCUGCAGAGAUGUGGAAGAUUUGAUGACCAGCGUACUGCCACAUACAUGGAGGAGAUAUCUGAUGCUCUAAUGUAUUGCCAUGAGAAGAAAGUGAUUCAUCGUGACAUCAAGCCAGAGAAUCUGCUUCUCGGCUAUCGCGGAGAGCUGAAAAUUGCUGAUUUUGGUUGGUCUGUUCAUGCACCUUCUCUGAGACGUCGCACCAUGUGUGGAACACUGGACUACCUCCCUCCAGAGAUGAUUGAGGGACACACCCACAGUGAGAAAGUGGACCUGUGGUGCAUUGGGGUCCUCUGCUACGAAUGCCUAGUUGGCAACCCACCUUUUGAAACUGCCAGCCAUUCAGAAACAUACAAAAGAAUUAUGAAGGUGGAUUUGAAGUUCCCCAAGACUGUCUCAGAUGGUGCACGGGACCUGAUAUCAAAGCUGCUUCGCCACAGCCCCAUCAAUCGCCUCUCGCUACAGAGUGUCAUUGACCACCCAUGGGUGCGCAGCAACUCUCACCGGCUCCUACCCCCAUCCUACCCUGCCAAGAAAUCCUGAGCCCACCUGGUCAGCCUGCUUACUGCCUUCAGAGGGGUGUUUUAUGUCCACGAGAGACUCUGGGCCAGCAUGUUUUGGUUUCACUGCCAAGAGCUUCAAACUGCCAUUAUUUCGGCACAUUUUAUGAUGCAUAUACAUGCAUACCCAGUUUUAUAUGUUGUACAGUGUGGUGUCAUUAUAUAUGUCUAGUUAUUCAGAGGUGUAUGUGUUGUUACUUUAAUUUCUGAAACUUUUUAAAAUGGACAAAGCUCAGUUUUGUAUUUCUGCGCCUGAUGGUGUUGACUCCAAAGUACUACUAUUAGACAGCCUCAAGCCGAAUAUAUUCUCAAAUAGUUUAAGAUAAUGUGUUUGAGGGAUGGGGUGUAAAGCAUGUUUUAUUUUCCCUCAAGCUGUACUUCAAAUUUCUAAUAAAUAUUAUAAAAGGA